AUGGGUAGUUGCCACCAUGUAGCACAUCAAGAGGGAGAGCUGAUUUUUUAUGUACCGGCGCUGUUUGCACACGGUUUGCACAAUGGUGGUUCAGGCGUCCCUCUGUUGAUGUCAGACCUCUUACGAUGUGUUGAAGAAUCUAAAAAGGUCUCUUCAAUAUACUACAGUGGUCAGGUUUCAUGCAUAUUCUGGAAGAAUCAUCCAAUUGGCAGAGUGUGCGUCUUGGGCGUGGUGAUGGGCGUCAAGUGGAAAUGGAUCAACAACGAGGAUUAUGUGUUUUUAUUUAUGGACGAUUUCUCAUCCCAAACAUCUCAUAAGACUAAAACUUUGGUCUGCAAAUGUCUUGAGGAUGUGCUUCUGGGUCAGGGCGUGUCGAUCAAUAGCAUGGUCGGUGAGAGAUUUCGCCUUUAUGGCCAGAUGAAUCUCUGCUAUGGGGAACUGCAGGUAGAAGUGGUUGAACAGUGUGAUAGUCUAACUGAUGAAAUCGACCAUUGGCAGAGCUCACUUGAACAAAUAAUUGAACUGAAUGUUCCCUGGCAAUUGGAUGAACAAGUGUUACAAGAUGUUCUUACACAAGGUAGUAGCUGUGGCAUCGAAUAUGAAGGAGUUACCAAUUUUACCACCCCUAUUAGGCUCAAAGCUAGACGAGACUUCAUAGAGGAGCUCCAGGUGGAAAAAUACAAAGAGGAACUGGAAAUAGUUAGUCCGUACCGUGAAAUUUCCAAUCAGGAAAUGGACAGCCUCAGUGGCAGCUCUUUGGAAUCUUCAGCAAGGCUUCCUUUCGAAGAUUCGUUGGCAAGAAAGGAAACUUUACUGGUUGGUACACAAAGCUCGGUCGUCGAUGCCACCGUCGAGUACGUUGUGGACGAUCAAAGCAUAUCUGUAUGCAAUGAAAAUCAGGCUAGAGCUCAAGUACUCAAACAUCUACUCAGUUGUCCUGAUCGAACUAUAUCUAUUGUGGAACUAUACCAGAUGUCACAAAUCUAUGAUCUCAUCUCGAAUAUCAGUGCUAUAAGAUUUAAUCGUCAAAACAUAAUGCUUGUUAAGUCCCUCGAACAGUUGAAAACAGAAACUUUCUUUAGGCUCAUAGAUUACUUGGUCACUUCUGGAUUACUCAAGUAUGUUAACCGUAACGUCAUUGAUCUGAUGCCUUUGAAAUCAUUAUAUGCCUACUGCACCAAGAGAUUACGUGCUCUUAUCAAAAUGCAAUGCUAUUUGGGGACCAUAGAAGUCAAAAUAAUAAGGCAAAAACUUUCACUACCGUCUCUUUCUCAGAAGGCAAUUAUUGAUACCUUCAAAGAAGCGCUAAGAGUAGCAGCUUACGGUCAUCCAAAUCUAUUUACUGGUUGGUGGAUCGAAAUAAACUCAGAGAAAGAGUCGGCAAUACAUCUGGAGUACAAAAAGAUAUAA